AUGGACUCAACUCUGGGACUCAACUCAAGAGAAGAGCAGGGACAUGGAGGAGGAGGAGGAGGUGAAAGAGGCAAACAUCCACCCCAUUUGAAGGGUCGAGAAAUAGGACUGUGGUAUGCCAAAUGGGGUGGAAUCAAAAGAUCCGAGGCAGAGAGGAAAUCUAGGGCUGUUGUUCAGAUGGAUGAACAAGAGCAGCACAUUACUUGGCUGCUAAACUCUGUCCAGAUCCAGAGAGACACAGGCAGAGAUGCUCACCCCUCUACAUCUCAGAGCUGGAGGGUGAAGGAGGAGCCCAGUGGCCACAGUUACUUUGAUGGAGAUGAUCCUCCAGAACCUCAGAACAUUGUAAAAGUGCCAAAAAUUGAGCCUAAAGAGGAGAAACGGGAGAAUGAGGAUGAGUCAGGAGCAAGUGUAAAAGAGGAACUUAAUGAGACUGACCUGGAGUACUUAUUCCAAGAUGUUGGGCGGAUACCCUCCCUGGAUGAGGAGGUCAAGAAAGAUCAGAAGAAGAAAAACGAUAAUGCUAGAUACCUUGAUAUGCUGAAAUUCAGAGAGAAGCUGCCUUCCUAUGGGAUGAGAGAGGAGCUGGUUAGGCUAAUCAGUGCUAACCAGGUACUGGUAAUCAGUGGAGAGACUGGCUGUGGGAAGACCACCCAGGUUACUCAAUUAAUCCUUGAUGACUUCAUUGAGAGGGGCAUGGGCUCUCUCUGCAGGGUGGUUUGCACACAGCCAAGGCGUAUCAGUGCCAUAUCUGUUGCAGAACGGGCAGAGUCUGUGGGAGAGGGGAAGUCCUGCGGGUAUCAGAUCCGUCUGCAGAGUCGGUUACCACGGAAACAAGGCUCAGUGUUGUAUUGUACUACAGGCAUUAUUCUUCAGUGGCUGCGCUCAGAUCCAUAUCUUUCAAGCAUAAGUCAUCUGGUCCUGGAUGAAAUUUAUGAGAGUCUUCAGUCUGAUGUUCUUCUCACCAUCGUGAAGGACCCGUUUACUGCUCGAGAGGACCUAAAAGUAGUCCUCAUGAGUGCCAUGCUUAACACUGAGAAAUUCAGCAAAUAUUUCAAUAAUUGUUCCAUGAUCCAUAUUCCUGGAUACACAUACCCAGUGAAAGAGUACUUACUGGAGGAUGUGGUGGAAUUGCUUAAGUUAGAGCUACAACAUCAGGACCGCAUACCUCACUAUAGGAGAGGAUUUAUGCACGUCCAGAAUGUACGGCCAGAGAAAGAACAGAAGGAGGCUGAAUACUGCGAGAGCUGGCCCUGCUUCGCCCGCACACUCAGAGACCGUCAGUACUCAGACAGCACCACUGAUGCGCUGGAGAUGAUGGAUGAUGAUGACAAGACGGAGCUUAUCAUAGCAUUGAUCAGACACAUCGUGAUGAAAGAGGAUUUGAGUGCGAUUCUAGUGUUUCUUCCUGGAUGGGACAACAUCAGCACCCUGAAUGAUAUUCUCAUGGCUGACCAGAUGUUUAAGUCAGAUAGAUAUCGGUUUAUCAUCAUCCCCCUCCACUCUUUGAUGCCCACAGUGUCUCAGACUCAGGUAAGUCUUCUCUCUCCCCUCCGGUGUUUCAAAAAGCCGCCCCCGGGAGUGCGCAAGAUCAUGAUCGCUACCAACAUUGCAGAAACCAG